GGUGACAGAUCUACAAUCUUAAAGUCACUCAUGUUUCUUAGACUCAUAAGUUGGCUAUAGGAUAUAUUAUUUUGUGUUGUAUUACUAUGGACAGACCUUUACUUAAUAAUUAGUGAAUAAAUAUUUUUUUUUGCAUCCUUUUAUCAAAGUACAAAAUUAAUAAGAACAAGGAUAUUAUUUACCCAUCUCACCAUGGAAUAUUUGGACUCUAUUGGAUAUUUGCUUGUCACAUUCAAUUACAAUGUUACUGCAAUUGGAAAAAUCUGGCUCACAUUAAUGAUUUUGCUGAGAAUGGCAAUGGUGGUGUUUGCUGGGUACCCUCUUUAUGAAGAUGAGCAGGAGAGAUUUACCUGUAAUACAUUACAGCCUGGAUGCUCCAAUGUUUGUUAUGAUAUAUUUGCUCCUGUAUCCCACAUCCGAUAUUGGUUGGUCCAAACACUGGUGGUCUUUGUACCUUACGUCUUGUUCAUUGUCCAUGUUUCACAUAAAGUGCUUACAAACAUUGCAACCUCUAGUGGUCACUACAGGAAGAGUGGCUCCUGCACAUAUCCUGGAGAGGGCGUACGCAUGGAGAUACCAGAUUUUUCUUUCGCUUAUACAGUCCAUCUUUUUCUGAGAACUUUCAUUGAGGCUGGCUUCUGUGCUGGGCAAUACUUCCUCUUUGGUAUUUUUGUUCCAAAGAGCUUUAGCUGUUUGCAAACUCCAUGUACCAGCAGUGUUGACUGUUACAUAUCUAGACCAACUGAAAAAUCCAUGAUGAUGAUUUUUAUUUGGGGUACUGGUGUCAUUUCACUUAUUCUUAGUGUAGUAGACUUGGUUCGUGUCAUGAACAUGAGAAGAAAGUUAGAAAAACUUAAAAGGGAAAUGAUAAUGCUGGAAAAUGAUUCCUUAAAAGGUUGUCAUUCCAAUACACCUUCUCAAAAUACAAAAUUACUAGAAAACCAAGAGCAAAUGAUUACAUAUCCUGAAUGUUCUAAUGAUCUUAAGAAAUUUGAUGAGCAAAUAAAGGGGGAUUCCCACUCUCUACCCUCAUAUGAGGGAGAAACAGCCUCUUUUCAAACUGACAACUCCCAUCAAGACAUGGGAAAGUCUAACAUAAAUUCAAAUAGCAAUAAAGCUUGUCCCUGGAAAGUCAGCCUGACAUCCACCAGUGGGAAGUCACUUGCAAAUGAACAUAAUACUGUAAUUCACAGACAGGCAACACCUAAAAGUGAUCAGUGCAGUGAUUCUGAUCUAGUGAAUUCUACACUGGUUGAAAAAAAUGCAUCUCCUAAAAACAAAAAAUCAGAAUGGGUUUGAUAAUUACAUGUAAUGCAACUGUAGCAAACAUUGUUAAUACAUUUUUGGAUUUCCUUUAUUUUAGAUUUAAAUAUAGUUGUUGAUAUUUCUUUAGUAAUUAUAUGUAUUAUCUAAAAAUGUACAAAAAGAAAAAUUAUCUAAAAAAAAACAAAAAACCUAAAAGUAACCAUAAAAAAACAAGCAAAGUGCUUAUUUUAUUUUAUUUUAAAAUGUUAGAAAUUUUUACUUUAUUUAAUGUACACUUUUCUUGAAGACAAUUCAUGGCCCACCAUUUACAAAUUGUGUAGUUUUAUUAAAUGAUUAACACGUGAUUGAUAAUUAGACUUUGUUAAAGGGACAGUCUACACUAACAUUGUUUAAAAAGAUAGAUAAUACCUUUACUACCCAUUCCCCAGCUUUGCACAACCAACAUUGUUAUAUUAAUAUACUUUAUAACAUUUAAACCUCUAAAUUCCUAGUUCAAGUGGGCCAUAUAGAUCACAUUGUGUUCCUGCCCUGGGAGUUAUUUAAGAGUCAGCACAACACAGCACUAAUUGGCUAAAAUGCAAGUCAAUAGAUAAUAAAUAAAAUGUCAUGUGAUCAGGGGGCUGUCAGAAGAUGCUUAGAUACAAGGUAAUCACAGAGGUAAAACGUAUAUUAAUAUAACAUUGUUGGUUAUGCAAAACUGGGGAAUGGGUAAUAAAGGGAUUAUCUAUCUUUUAAAACAAUAAAAAGUCUUGUGUAGAUUGUCCCUUACAUAUACAUAAUUAGUAGACUUAGCAAAUCUUAUUAUCUAACUCAUUAAACAAACAGGAUGUAUCAUCCAAUAACACAUAUGCAGCAAUAAGAUAUAAUAUUAGGUAUCAUAUUUUAUACACCAAGGGCUCGAUUUUGUAAGAGACAACUUUCUGCCCGUUUGAAACACCUGUUUUUAAACCACUAACACUACCUAAAAAAAAUCUGGAAAAUGCUGGGAAUUUUUCAUUCAGGAACAUCAAUGCUACCAAGUGUUAAAAUCUCAUCAUCUUCAGCAUAGAGCCUGAUGAUCUCUGGUGAAAUUAUCAACACUGCAGUGAGUUUCUAACAGAAUUUUAGAAGGAACAUUUUAGCUUAAAAGCUGAAGAGGAGACACCAUGUAAUUUAAAGCUACCCCCCCCAAAAAAAAGAUUGUGUGUGAUAAAGUAUAUCCUGAUUCAUUUCUUUUUAAAAUUCUGGGAAGAUUAAUAAUUUAUUAUUAUCCUGCGUUAAAGGAUAUUAAAUGAAAAAUUAAACCCCCUAAUUGUUUAAUUAAAUACUUGGCAAUACAUUCAUUAUUUAUUUGUUCUACUGAUGGGGCAGUUGUUAGGUGAACGCAGGCUCAAUAAAUUGAUUGUGUGUGUUGAUGUGUCAGUCUUUGGUUGUGUUAUGAAACCUGCAGCUAACUUAAAGGGAUACUAAACCAAAUUUUUUUUCUUUAAAGAUUCAGAUACAGCAUACCAGUUUAAUCAACCUUCUAAUUUACUCCUAUUAUAAUUUGUUCUUUGUUCUCUUGGUAUCUUUAUUUGAAAAACUGGAAUGUAAGCUUAGGAGUCGGCUAAUUUUUGUUUUGUUUGUUGGUUUGUUUUGUUAUUUAACAAAUAAUACAAAGAGAACAAAGCUAAUUUGAUAACAGAAACAAAUUGCAUGCUCUAUCUGAAUCUUUAAAGUUUAAUUUUGACUUUAUUAUCACUUUAUUAGUUCUUUCAUGUCCCUUUAAGGUAAUCUAUGUUAAAUUUAGAUCACAUGAUGUUACUGAAUUUUACUGUAUACAGUAUUUCAAACUGUAAUUUUUUUCAAUCUGUUCAAAUGUGCAGUAAUAAGUAUUGUUCUUGGUAAUGUGGGAAGAAAUCAAUCUGUUUUCUUAAAUAUAUAAAAUUAUUUUUGUGAAUAUAAAAUGUUUGAGUUCCUAAAAUUACAGAACAGGUGUGAAUAAAAUGUAUCCAAGACAUUCUAAAACAUUUAACAUAUUUUUACAAUAUUUACUAAAGCAUACAUUCUGAAAUGACAUUGCUUUCUUUAAAAUAAAAAUGUAAAAAUAUUUCAUAAAUAUUUAAAAUAUUGUAUAAUUUUUAUAUAUUUUAAAUUGUAACAGAAAAAUAAAAAUAUUCAAAUCUACAUUUGCUCCAAAACACGAAAUUACAAAAUAUUAUAUUUUUAUGACUUUUCCCCCAAUUAAAUGGCAAAGGUUUGUGAUUUAUUUUCCUCAAAAAUUCUCAAAAUAUUCAGAACAAUGCAUUAUAAAGUCAGUGCUGAGUAGCCUAUAAUUAAAGGCACUUACAGAUUACAAUUAAAAACCGCCCUACAUGAGUAGAAUAUUAUUUGCAGAUUAUAUAUUACUUGGAAGAUUGAAUCUACAACAAUUUUGGAUUUUGCAAGAACUUUAUUAUUUAUUUUCAUUUUGAUCUUUUGAUAAAAAUAUUACUUAGUUGCAAGUGUCAGAUGAUAGGGGGAAUAUAAUAAGAUUGUGAACAAAAUUGUUAAAUAGUAAUUUGGGCUGAUCACAUCACAUAUAGUUGCCUACCUGGGUAUGUAAUACAGAUAUAACUACAUUAUUUUAUCAAUAUUAGCUGAUAUGUGCUCAAAAUGAUGUAUCAAAGCUCACAUAUGAAAUUUUUAUUAUGAAUGUACGGUAGUGCAGUUAUAUUAUAGGUUCACACAAAUGUUCUAUUAUUAUAUAUUAUAUAUAUAUUAUAAUCCAGAUAUUUUUUAAACUACUUUUUUGAAUUUUGAAUGAAGCCAAAAUAAAAAGUUGCUUGAAAUAUUUUUUUUUUUAUAUCUUGUUCAAGAACAAAAUUAAAAUAACUGUGUCCUCAUGUACAAUAGCAUUCCUCAAUAAGUAUAUAUUUUGUAUCAGUUUUCACAGGUCCGCUAAAGUCAAAAUAAAGUUUUAUGAUUGAGAUAAAGCAUGCAAUUUAAAAAAAAACUUUCCCAUAUACACCCAUUAUGCAAAUGUGCACAUUUUUUAUAUGCACACUUUCCGAGACUCCAUCUCUAAAUGAGCAUGUGCAAAAGUGAACAGUAUGUACAUAUAUGCAUUUUGGGAUUGGCUGUCAUAUGAUACAGGCCGAAGAAAAAAAUUAAAUAUGCCAGGAAAUAUACUACUGUUUAUUUCAAAUUAAAAGUAAGUGCUAUUACAUUUGUCAACUAUUCAAUUCUAGUGUAAUUUAGUGAUCCUUAUCUCUACAGAGAAUAUCUUUUUCAUGAUUACUCCUUGCUUACUGACUGUACUCCUCUACUUAAAAUAGACUUAUUUCGCUAGUACAAUUUGUCAAAAUAAAAUGAUAGACUUUAUGAAGAGUCUAAGCAGAUUGUUACAAUAAAUUACUUAUGGUUUAAAAUGUUGGUCAUAGAAAGCUAAAAGAAAAUAUCAGUAAACAUUUCAAAUAGACUUUGGCUCCAUAAUUUAAAAAGAUAUUAAGAUUUCUAUAAUGUAUAGGAGAGGACACUUCUUAAACAUGUAAAAAUAUGUUUUCUGUUUAACAGGUUACAUUAAAAUUUGAAUUGCUAAUCUAGAGAAUUUAAAAUGAAUAAAUAAUAUAAAGCA